AUGAAGGGCAUCCAUUACUUACUAGUGGUUGCCACAUUGGCUGUGGCAGCCUCCAUUGUCUCUGCCUAUGAUCCAAGCCCUCUUCAGGACUUCUGUGUGGCGAUAGAUGAUCCAAAAAAGGCCUUGUUCGUGAAUGGAAAAUUCUGCAAAAACCCAAAACUAGUGAAGCCAGAAGAUUUCUUCUUCUCAGGGCUCAACAUGGCCGGAGACACCACCAACCCAGUCGGAUCGAACGUCACCAUCGUCAACGUGGACGCCUUCCCGGGGCUGAACACCCUCGGCAUCUCACUGGUGCGUAUAGACUACGCUCCGUACGGCCAGAACCCCCCUCACACUCACCCACGCGCCUCCGAGAUACUGGUGGUGGUGGAGGGAACGCUGUACGUGGGGUUCGUGACGUCGAACCAGGCUGACGGUAAGAACCUUCUGUUCACGAAGAUCCUGAACAAGGGUGACGUGUUCGUGUUCCCAAAAGGGUUGAUUCAUUUUCAGCUCAACAUCGGAAAGACUCCGGCGGUGGCUUUUGCCAGUCUUAGUAGCCAAAACCCUGGAGUCAUCACCAUUGCUAAUGCUGUGUUUGGAGCCACGCCUCCCAUCAAUCCUUAUCUUCUUGCUAGGGCUUUCCGUUUGGACAAGAAUGUUGUGCUAAACCUUCAGAAGCAGUUCUGGUCCAGUAAUUGA